GUUCCUGCUUCAAAAGUUGUCGAGUCUAUGACAGGCGUACCUGUGAUAGCGGAUCGAGCUUCGGAGCAUUCUUGAACACCUAUAUACGCCCUAUGGGGAUUUCUUCCACGACGUUUCCUUUGCACUUCGCGGUGCGAUCAACGGGAUGGGUAGACCCUCCAUGAACCAAGGGCUUGCCUUCGACUUGGGAAACGAGUCCACGUUCAACAAAUCUAAGCAUGUGCUCUACUGGAAACGAUGCCUCAAGACCUUCCUGCCGCAACCGUACACUAGCAAUGAUUCAAAUCGCAUGCUGCUUGCCUUCUUCAUAAUCUCAGCUCUAGAUCUACUGGGUGCAUGGAACGAUACCUCUGCGGAAGAGAAGGAAGGAUACGUACAAUGGAUCUACAACUGCCAGCAUCCAGAGGGGGGCUUUCGAGGGUUCCCAGGUACUGAUCUUGGGGAACAAACGACAACGGAGAAUAAAGUCUGGGAUCCCGCGAACUUGCCGGCAACAUAUCUGGCUAUUGCCUCCUUACUGGUCUUAGGAGACGACCUCACUCGAAUGAAGAGAAAGGAAUGUCUGCAAUGGCUCAAUAAGCUCCAGAGACCGGACGGAAGCUUUGGAGAGACUUUAGGUGAGAAUGGAAAGGUAGAGGGCGGGAUGGACACGCGCUUUGGGUACUCAGCAGCUGUAGUGCGCUGGAUGCUACGGGGUUGGACUUCAGGUAACGUCCUCGACGUUCCUGACAUUCGUGUCCUUCAGCUCGUAGACUGCAUACACACUUCGCAGAGCUACGAUGGGGGUAUAUCCGAAGCGCCCUUCCAUGAAUCGCAUGCUGGACUCACGUAUUGCGCCAUUUCCGCUCUCUACUAUCUUGACCACCUCCCUCCAAAGUCGUUCCGUGGUCUUGCAGAGCCCGAGCGAACAAUACAUUGGCUGGUCUCCAGGCAGACCAUGACCCUAGACGAGGAAGACGAAUUUGACACGAAUAAUGAUGAAACUGAUACCCCUGAGACAUGUCAUGACGCACACUCUUUCGUAAAGCUACGAUCAUACCCUUCGACGCAAGGCGAGCUGUCUGCCGCAGGACAGCCAACAUCACACUUCCACACGCAAUGGGCUGGGUUUAAUGGGCGAAGUAACAAGAUCGCAGACACAUGUUACGCAUUCUGGGCGGGCGGGGCAUUAGCUGUGCUGGGCAAAUUCGACCUCAUCGACAAAUCCGCCGCCCGAAGGUAUUUACUUGACAAGACACAACAUAUAAUCGGUGGGUUUGGGAAGCUUGCAGGCGAUCCGCCAGAUAUAUUCCAUUCAUACAUGGGUCUUGCGUUCUUGGCGAUUAACGGUAAGGAUGGUCUGAAAAGCUUCUCGCCAGCAUUAUGCGCAAGUCAAGAUACAGUGCGUCACCUUGAAUCUCUACCGUGGCGGCAGGAUAUAGUCAAUUCCAAUACCACUUUAUGAUGUGGC